AUGAAGUCAGAUUUUGGUUCAGUGGUCGUGAUUGGCGGCUGUGGCUUUCUCGGCCAUCACAUUGUCUCUCAGCUGCUGGAGCUGGAGUCUUCCGUUCAAGUCACCGUCCUUGACCUUCGAACUACCCAGAAUCGCUUCCCCUCCGUGUCUUACUAUGACGCAGAUAUUACCGACAAAGCUACCGUGCUAUCCAUCUUUCAAGAAGUCAGGCCCCGGGUGAUCAUUCAUACCGCCUCCCCAGUAGUAGCCUCGUUUGAAGGAAGUAGCACCCUCUACUACAAAGUGAAUGUCGACGGGACCCGCAAUCUUCUGGAAUGUGCCGGGCAGGUCGGACGUGUCAAGGCAUUUGUCUACACGUCCAGUGCGUCAGUCAUCCACGAUGGUGUCAGCGACCUCGUCAUGGCUGACGAGACUUAUCCUGUGCUGGGCACUCCACAGCAAUCAGAGAUUUACUCUCACACCAAAGGCAUCGCUGACGAGCUCGUUCUGGCGUCCAACAAAAAGUACGGGGGCAUGUUGACUGUAUCCAUACGCCCCGCGGGGAUCUUCGGCGAGGGGGAUGUGCAGAAUCUGCCAAACGUUUUGCAAGUCUAUUACGACGGGAAGACCAAAUUUCAAUUGGGAGACAAUAAGAAUAGGUUUGACUUCACGUAUGUUGGCAACGUCGCAAAUGCGCACAUACUUGCUGCGCAGAAAUUGGUAGAGACAUAUGACCUAUCGGAUCCACCCCCAGAAAACAAACGUGUCGACGGGGAAGCCUUUCUCAUCACCAACGAUGACCCUUACAACUUUUGGACCUACGCGCGCACCGCUUGGGCUGCUGCGGGGGACAAGACGGACCCAAAGGACGUGUGGGUGAUUCCAAAGAGCGUUGGCCUGAUGAUGGCAACGACUCUGGAGUGGGUAUUUUGGCUCCUCUUCUGGGGAAGGAAGCAGCCAGGGACCACGAGGCAGAAAGUCAAGUUCAGCUGCAUGACCAGAACGUAUUCUAUCGACAAGGCCAAGAGCAGACUCGGAUACAAACCUCUCUGGGGCAUGAAGGAAGGGAUCAUAAGGGGCGUGGAAUGGUUUGAGAAACAAAGGGCAAAAGGACAAGGAGACAAAGAAUCUUAG